GUUUAUCUUCCUUCUACAAUCAUUAUCUGAAAAUUAAUGACUCAACUUCAAAGUCACCCUGUAUAAUGAUAUGAUGGGAUACAAUUUCAUAAAGGGUAGGAAGUCAUAUGAAAUGAGAGUAUGAACGAACGUUUUGUGAGUGGUAUCACCAGUAUGUGAUCAUAUACUUCGUAUUUUUGCCACUGCAUCCAAGAAACUCGCGCAGUGCAUAUAUAUGAUAGCGCCAAAACAGAAAUAGGUACAUAAAUUAACCGCUGCCAAAACUGGCGUUGCACUUAAACUUCCUCGACUCUUGUUUACUUUGAUUCAGUGUACCAGAAAACAAAUUUCAUUUGGCAAUGUGCACUAGUUCCUUCAAUAGAGGCGCAGGCUAUGUCUAUGAACUAGACGAAAUAGAGCCUAAACUAUAUUUAUCAGGGGCAGAUGAAGCGAGUAGUGUAGAAACUCUCAAAAAGUACAAAAUAACACAUAUCCUUACAAUCAAUGACUAUCCUUUAACCCCAUCUGUAAAAGAAGAACUCGGUUACAUCAAUAAGAAGUUCAUAUGUCUUCCAGAUAUGGUCACAUCAGAUUUGCUGUCGUAUUUCGACGAGUGCUACGAAUUUAUAAGGGAAGGCGUCUCCAGAGGAGCAGUACUUGUCCAUUGUCAGAUGGGCGUAUCUAGAAGUGCAACAAUUGUCAUUGCCUACUUGAUGAAAAAAUACCGAAUCAAAUACAGAGAGGCUUUAGAUAAAGUUAGGGCAAGGAGAUGUGUUUAUCCAAAUCCAGGGUUCGUCAGUCAGCUGGAGAAAUAUAGUGAGAUGGGGUAUAACACUAUGAAUCGAUUUGCGCCCAGAAGCAGAAGUAGCAGCUAUUAUAGAUAAAUUUCACAGCCAAUGAUACUUUCUGGAAAAUACAUAUAUAUGUACCUGUUUCCUACACCGUUGACUUGUUAAAGAAUAUUUUUCUAUUGGAUCAACGAGUGGCCUCUUUAGGUGACCAUCAUGCGUCUAAAAUUCUUGGGUAUAUUUAUGAUCAGUGUAUAGAAAUACAGGAAAAUGAGUUUAACUAGUAUCAAGUAACUGUACAUAGAUGGAUUAUCGAAACUUCUCGCGACUUAAGUAAUCAAUGUAAUGCCACUCUGCUGAAUGCAUAUCUCGCGCGUUUUCGAUGUGCCACCUCCGUACAUUUACAUAUAACCACGAUUGAUGAUGACUAUUACGUCAUACCAUAAAUUGUACUGAAGUAAUCAAUUAAUGGACGUACGUCGAUGACAACAAACUUAUAUUAUGAUUUUGCGAAGUUAGGUUAUUUCACUGAUUAUUUUUAUUUUCAUUUUAUUUCAUGGUUUUGAGUGAUACCAUAAUAAUAAUUUUAGUGGGGAGUUUUUGUUUUGAAAAAAAAACAGUUAUGAGUAGAAUACCUUAAGACAGGAAUUCCAAAGACUAUAAUCAAAUUCAAGCGGAUAACCAAAUGAAAAUGGUAUUUACCAUUUUGGGUUGGUAUUUACCGAUCCGUUCAAGCGAUUGUGGUUAUCAGUUUGGUUAUAAGAUCCGUGACGUCAUGAAUCAGCUGUUACAUGUCACAGUUAUCACCGCAACAUUGUGGUAUUUACCAACUCAGGAAUAGUUUUAUAUUUCUGGUUAUUUUUGAAAUGUGACAAGUUAGAAUUUUCCCGGGUAUUGAAUAUUCUUAUUGUACUUCAGCUUCAUUUUUGGGAAACUUGAUACAGGCUGACUUCAGUGUUAGCAUAAAGUGGAGCACCUCAUUAGUUAUACUCAUUACUGUUGUUGUGAACACUUUAAAUCUAGUUCCUAUGCUUAACAAAGUAUCCUGUGUAGCCAUAUACCACAAGAAUAUUAAAAUAUGGCCAUAUAAACUCACUGGAUGAUGUCCACCUGUAUACGGUUUCGCAAAUAUCUUUUUUAAUCGCUUUUUCAUCAUUUCUGCUAAAUCAAUAAAUAUUUUCUUUGGCAUGCGGAAAAGUUUCGAGAAUUGAACGUUAUCAUAGCUACAAAACCAUGGUUCCCUCAUUAAAAUUUGUUUUCUGAAAAAAAAAACAUUUCUCUCAUGAAUAUUAUGAAAGAUUUCUUAUUUAAAAUUUCCAUUCACCGUUGUAGACGAAAUAGCACCGAUUAUUAAGUGAUAAUAAAAAUAAUCGGAGAUUAUAUAUGCGCUUUUAUAAAAUAAACAACUUGCAACAAAAUCGCGGUUAAAACCAACGCGUUCAAGCGUUUCGUGUAACUGACGUCAUCAACCCGUGUGUCAUCUUGAACCAUAUUAUAACCGCGGCACAUAAUACAGAAAUUUUGGUUAUUCCCUUGGAUUUGAUUAGUGUAUACAAUUCCACAAGGCAAUAAUCAAAUUCAAGCGGAUAACCAAAUGGAAAUGGUAUUUACCAUUUUGGCUUGGUAUUUACCAAUCCGUUCAAGCGAUUGUAGUUAUCAGUUUGGUUAUAAGAUCCGUGACGUCACGAAUCAGCUGUUAUAUGUCAUAGUUAUCACCGCAAAAUUGUGGUAUUUACCCAACUCCGGAGUAGUUUUAUAUUUCUGGUUAUUAUUUGACAUGUGACAAGUUAGAAUUUUGCCGGGUAUUGGAUAUUUUUAUUGUACUUCAGCUUCGUUUUUGGGAAACUUGAUACAGGCUGACUUCAGUUUUAGCAUUAUUUAUAAUCAUCACUGUUGUUGGGGACACUUUAAAUCUAGUUCUUACACUUAAAAAAGUAUCCUGUAUAGCCAUAUACCACAAGAAUAUUAAAAUAUGGCCGUAUAAACUCACUGGAUGAUGUCCACCUGUAUACGGUUUUGUUAAUAUCUUUUUUCAUCGCUUUUUCAUCAUUUUUGCUAAAUCAAUAAAUAUUUUCUUUGACAUGCGGAAAAGUUUAGAGAAUUGAAAGUUAUCAUAGCUACAAAGCCAUGGUUCCAUCAGUAAAAAUUUUGUUCGGAAAAAAAAACAUUCCUCCCAUUAAUAUUAUGAAAGUUUUCUUUUUUUCAACUUUCCAUACCCCGUUGUAGACGAAAAAGCACCGAUUAUUAAGUGAUAAUAAAAAUAAUCAGAAAUUAUAUACGCGCUUUUCUAAAAUAAACAACUUGCAACAAACCGCGGUUAAAACCAAGGCGUUCAAGCGAUUCGAGUAACUGACGUCACCAUCCCGUGUGUCAUCUUGAACCAUAUUAUAACCGCGGUACAUAAUACGGAAAUCUUGGUUAUCCGCUUGGAUUUGAUUUAUGUAUUAUUCGAAAACAGUCUAACCUGCUUUAACAUAACCUAACUAUUCAUCUUUCAAGUAUGAUCGAUCAUGCAACAUGAAAACAUCGUUUACCUUAAAAUUAAAAUUCUGUUUGUCUCUGUCUAGCAUAUCUGAAACUUCAUUAGAAAUAUUCACAAAUCACUGUCGUUUGUCUUUACUACAGACCAAAAAGAUGACGUAAUCGUCAUCUUUCGUGAUUUCGACCAUACCACCGACGUUGGAAUAUGCACGAGAGACCAGCGCGAGAAGCGUGUGCUACGUGUGUUAGACAGAGAUAGAAGCACGUCAUUGCCUAACAACCUGACUGACGAGUUUAAUAUACAUAUUCAACGCUUUUCGUGCUUCUCGUACGCAUUUUGACGUCCGACAAAUUUGACCCUCAUCGUAUAUACGUAUAAAUUCAAAAUUACUUAGAUUUCUUUUACUACUCUCGAUACUUUUCCGCAGUUUUAACGUUCUUUAAACUAAUUCAUAUACUGAACACAUAUAUGUAGCUAUAUUUUUACAUUGUAUCAUUCUGGAGGUAAGUUAUUCAGGGCCGUAUCGCCAGUCGUUUCUAAAAUUGUUUGGCGCCUUUAUGGCCUUGAUUUUCAUAGUUCUUCCUGCGCUCUAUUUUGAGGUUAUGUUACAAAUAUCUAUUUGCAUUAGAAAUCUAGAAAUAUUUCAGCCUUUCCGAAGGAGAGAAAAAGACUACGAAAAUCAAGGAGAGCUUAAACGCGUCCUACAAUUAUUGUAGGAACGCCUGCCGAUACGGCCCUAAGACAAAUGCCGAAUUUCGCAAUAGAUGUAACAGAUCGGUUCGUGAUUGGUAAAACAUUAUCUUUGUUUAAACUUUUGUUGAACUGACAUACGUCAUUCGAUAGUUCAGUAUCGUCCAGCUGAUUUAUUUUGUAUGUGUAUAAUGGUUUGAAUUUGCAAAAAAGGUGAAAUUCAUUUAUUUAAAGGGUAAACUUACAUGUUUCAUGUUUCAUCUAAGGAAUAAUAUAAGAGGCAUAUUUUUUAAUAGCCACAAAAAUCGUUUUUUAUUUAGAUACAACGUACAUGCAUCAAGAUUAUCCUUAUUUCUCCUCCCUUUGAUAAGCUAGAGUAUGCAAAUAAAAGGAAUGCGCAUUGGCGUACUUAGGGGGGCACGGGGGAAAUCAAAGGCAAUUCUAAAAUAAAGUAAAACACUAAGGCCCGUAUCGUCAGUCGUCCCUACAAUUGUAGGGUGCCUUUAUGGCCUCCGUGAUUGUCAUAGUUUUCUACUUCUCCGUGUCAGAGCUGUAUUUUGAGGUUAUGUCACAAACAUCUAUUUGCAUCAAAUUGUGCUUGCUUUUGAGUUAUAUCAUGUUUUAUCGACCUGAAAUUUCCCACAAUAUAAAAAGAAAAAAUAUCUUCACAAUAGGAGAGCGAUGACGCUGACACGGGACGGGUGCAAUCUAGAAAUUUUUGAAGGAGAGAAAGGAGUAUGACAAUCAAGGAGGCCAUAAACGUGCC